GAAGUGGAGCGCGACCUCGCGACGCGGUGAGUCCUGUGUGAGAUGCUGCGUUAAUUCUUACCCCACAGGGACAAUGGACACCCAGAAGGACGUUCAACCCCCCAAGCAGCAGCCAAUGAUUUACAUUUGUGGAGAAUGUCACACGGAAAAUGAGAUAAAAUCCAGGGAUCCAAUCAGAUGCAGGGAGUGUGGAUACAGAAUCAUGUACAAGAAGAGAACAAAAAGAUUGGUGGUUUUUGAUGCUCGAUAAAAUGUGACAGUUGAAUGUCCACAUUUGUACUUGGCUUUGCUGUACAUGUUUCUCCUUGUUGUAUAGCUUUUGAUGUAGCAUACUUAUCCUUUUGAACUGCAUAUGAUUUCCCUUUAAAAACCAUAUUGUAUUUAGGUAUCUUUUAAUAUAAGAAAAUUGUUCAAAUACAUGACUUAUAAUUUAAUUUUUUGUGAUGUAUGGUAAAAUUCCUUUCUUAUACCGUGCUUACAGUCACAACCUAGAACUGUCUGGGGUCCCUGUGAAACAUGCAGAUGUGUAGAGCCCUCUGAAAGCCUAAUAAAAUCAGUUACUU